AAUCUUGUAUGUACAUCGACCUUUACAGCUACGCGCAGUAUAGAAAAUUAUACAAAUAUUCUGAAAGUAUGAAGAUUGUUAACCACUAGUUAAUUGUGUAUGCUUUUUUCUGUUUCGACCAAAAGCGAUAGUGACAACUGCAGUUCGUUGGUAUUAUGGUAUUACAAGGUAGAAUGGUAAGUCUUAAUGUGUUCGGAUGGUAUAAUGUAUGUUGUAUAUGAGCAGUAUAUACUGGUAUAUUACGUAAUAUGCCACCACAUGCGUCUGUAGAAUUCGAUUUGCAGUAAAAUGAUCUCUAAAUGUGCUCCAGCUCUGAAAGGUCAAAACUCAGCAAUCUUCUGUAUUGGUUGGAGUUUGCACCGCUGAGGAGAAAAAUACAAGCCGGUUGUUGGACUGAAAAGCAUUUAUUGAUAUGCUUAAAGUAAUUUGUGGUCAACUGUAUGGUUCUCUAGUCAAUUCUUAAGCUCUCACAACUUAUUAUACCACUCUCCUUUGCUGUCGCCAGUAUAGGUAGAAUAACAUUAGUUGACAUUUUACCGCUACUUGGAUUGCAUAAAUGCUCACUUCUUUCGCUUGACCAAAUGACCGCAAGAUUCAAUUUAUUUCAAAUUUGGACCCUUUCUUAAUCUGACCUUUUGCAACUUCAUUUGUGUUCGCGUUAUUUUUCCAACUCAUAUCAAAAAUCCGUAGUUACCUGCAACAUUCAACUGAAAGUACUACUGGUGAAUAGUCCAUAGCAGUAAAAUCAUCAUCUCGCUCGGUGUAUGGCCCAGCUCCUAUUUAUCACUACUUCUGGUAAAAGAACAACUGAUGAACGUAGUUCCAUUUCAAACAGCAAGACGGACCUUUUUCCACAUCAAUCUAAUUGAGUCACUAGAGAAAUAGAAAAGACUACAUAUUCAACGCGGACUGAAGUAUUAAAUUCUAGAGGAAAGACAUGCGAAUCGAAAAAAGUUUCAAAACCUCGACGUAUCGGUUAUGUUGAUUCCUUGUUUGAUUCUAUUGCUGCCCUCUCUUCUUUCCAUUUAAUUACCAACUUCAAUACAUAGCUUACUUUGAUUCAUUUGACUUCUUUACUUUUGUGCAAAUAUCAUUUGACUUCUUCAUUCGAGCCUUAUCACAAAAACCGCGAAAAUAUAAGUAAUAGAUAAAUUACUUCGAUCUUAAUUGCGCAACUUUAACCCGUUGACCCAGCAAAAUAAGUUUUUGUCCAAGGAUUCAAAUAUGAGUUUUGUCUCUUCAUCUGAAACUUUCUCAUCGACAAGUAACUCCUCGUCCUCCUCGUCCAAUAACCCUGGUUCAUCACGUGACCAAAUGACUUUCGCCCGCCCUUUCACGGAGCUGUUUGCAGCUAACAAUAUGAGCAACUUCUCAAAUAGAGGCGAUACUUCAUGUGGGCGCGAAGCGGCAUCGUCUGCCGGAAUAACAGCCGCCGAUUUGCAAUCGCAGUCAAGUGAUGACGCUGAAAGUGCAAUAACCAUGCAACACCUUAUAGACUCAAUCGUCGAGGAGUCUUUCCAGAAACCUCUGGAGGAUUCCAACUACAUAAGAGCCUCGGAAACCAUGUUCCAGAAGAUGCUGAAUGGCGAGCGUUCUUGGAAGAUCACUUCCUCUCAAGCAGAUCCAAAUUUCGACUACCAAUCACGACUGGAGAACUUGUCGGUUCUCAACAAUCUGUUGAUGUCUAUGGAAAUGGGCCCUAGUUCGACCACAGACGCAGGUGCCAGUAUCAUAUCACAAAUGAUGACGAACAACGCCCCUUCAACAACCACCGCCGGAUCAACCUCGUCGUCGUCAAGCUCAUUCUUGAGCGGAACAUCCCAACAUACCAUUACCAUCCCCGUGACAUCGCAAGGCAACGUAGGGCGAAAAUGCUUACAACCUACGUACAGGAAAAGCCAACGAGAGAAACGACAUGCGAAUCAAUCAAAUAUGGAGCAUCAAAAUCAGAAACAAGCCGACUCCGACUCGUCUGCAUCUUCUGGCGAGCGAAGUCCGGAGAGCGCUUCAGAUUCCGCGUCCAGUUUGUGCGACAAUUGCAAUAACAUGAAGAUAGAAGGUCAUAGCAAUUCAGGAUCCGAGGAGUCUUCGAGCUGUGGAAGUCAAAUCUCUUCAACCGAAUCACGCAACUCCUCGCCCUCGAACAAAAUUGAAAACAUGCACAUCAGUGGAAAUGAACCGCCAAUUCUCCCGCCGAUGCCACCGCUCAUUGAAGUCACGAGAGCGUCGCCUCUAUACGACCAGCGUUCGUCAGUUUCAGCUAAUUCGGAUGGAAAUGCAGAAUCAGCUACGUCCCCCCGAGACGAAAUAAAGCACCCUAAAAAACGAAUGCGAGACCGCCAUUUCAGAGAGACGAGAAACAGCAGCAGCGGAACGAACUCGGAUAGUGGCGGAUCGAGUGGAUCCGAGAACAGCAGUGGCCAGCGCUAUGUUCAGAACUUCCAGCCAGUUUUCACUAAUAUUUCACAAGGAUCUGCUCCGCUUUUUGCCAGUCCAAAUGAGAAUCCGGCAGUAUUUUCACAACAGUAUCUUCAAUCUGUUUUGAGACAGCCAAUUCAAGUUUCCCCUCCGAAUGUGCAGAUUCCAUUGGGCUAUGUUGGAAACAUGAGUUCUCAGUUAUCGAAUACAAUUAUUCCCCCGACUACAGUUGUUCCGAAUGUACAUAUCCCGAACACUGCUGCCGAACCGACUACUAUAUACGAGCAACUGCAACGCGCCGCUACGCACAAUGCAAUUGCGACGUGCUACGCGUCCCCGUUGGUUGUCAACGACCGCAUCUUUAUGGUACCUUCUAACCUAAACCGCCAACAGAACAUGGGAAGUUCUCAAAGUGAACGUAACUAGUAGAUGUAGUUAUACUUAAAAUUUAUUUAGAUGCUUUUGCAGAAUAAAAGUAAAAGCUUUAAUUGUUUUUUAUCAUAAUUCUCUAAAUGUAUUUAGCAUGAAUUAUGAUGUUUUGAUUUGUUGCUAAAUGUGCUUUUAUGUCAUUUUAUAGUUAAAUAUCUG